GUCAAAGUCAAAGUUGUGCGUUGAGUUAAGGGAUGCCAACUGCCAAAAGCAGCAUACAUGUUGUCACCGUAAUAAUACCAUACCCUUUCUCCGCCAUCAACCCACAUCGGAUUCCGACGCGGUCACAUUCCACCACUCAUAUCCCGGCACGUGUCCAGAACACCAUAGCCUUGGCCGCGUAGGAUCGCUCCCCACCCUCUCUCUCUCUAUUGCUGCGCUCAUCAAAUCUAGCGCACUAAGCUUAAGCUACUAUUACUCAGUAAGUACUAACCCACACAAAACAGUCUCGGAAACAAAGAAACUAAAAAGUAGGAAGAAGAGGAGGAAGGGGAAAACCACCAAAAACGACACCGUUUUCGCAUGGUAAUUACUAAUUAAGGGUUCGUGAUGCCGAGGCAGAACCGAAACGUGGACAUGAUGAUGAUACCUGGUAAGAUCAGAAAACGAGGUUGCUCGUCAUCGGCGUCGUCAUCCUCCUCCGUGCUCCAUAACUACAGGUUCAAGAGGGCCAUACUCGUCGGCAAGAGAGGCGGAUCCACCACCCCCGUCCCAACCUGGAAGCUCUUGGCGUCGAGAUCUCCGGCGGCGUCGACUUUUCGUGCACUCGACUCCCCUAAGUACCCGCCGUCGCAGUCCGGCGGGGGAGGAGUGAAGGCGAAGCAAGCACCGGUGUCGGCGAGGAAGCUGGCGGCGACGCUGUGGGAGAUGAACGAGAUCCCUUCGCCGAGCGUGAGGGAAAUGCAGCAGGGAGAUUCGAAGCUGAAGAAAGAACUCAGAGCGAGAGAAAAGAUUGCGAGGUCCAUGCGUUCUGGUUCUUUGCCUCCUCACCUGUCUGAUCCAUCGCACAGUCCUGUAUCCGAGAGAAUGGAUCAAUCUGGAACUGGUAGCCGCCAUAGGAGAACUCCAUCUGUUCCUCAGAGGCCACCUAGGCUUUCAGAGCACCAUGUUGGCCCUUUGGAUUCCCUUAGCAAUGCCAGUCUCAUGGAGAUUGAAACCAGAUCUCGAGCACAGACUCCUGCUUCAUCUAUUGUUGGAGUUAAAACACGUUUAAAAGAUGUUAGUAAUGCUUUAACAACAUCCAAAGAACUGCUCAAAAUUAUAAACCGCAUGUGGGGACAUGAAGAUCGCCCUUCCUCCAGUAUGUCGCUUAUUUCAGCUUUACAUACUGAGCUGGAGAGGGCUCGGCUGCAGGUCAAUCAGCUAAUCCAGGAACAGCGCUCGGAUCAAAACGAGAUAAGUUACUUGAUGAAGUGUUUCGCUGAAGAAAAAGCUGCUUGGAAGAGCAAGGAGCAAGAAAUUGUUGAGGCUGCAAUUGAAUCUGUUGCAGGCGAGCUUGAUGUAGAGAGGAAGCUUAGGAGACGGUUUGAAAGCUUGAACAAGAAGCUUGGGAGAGAACUGGCUGAGACCAAAACUUCCCUUCUUAAGGUGGUGAAGGAACUAGAAAGUGAGAAGAGAUCAAGAGAAAUUAUUGAACAAGUAUGUGAUGAGUUAUCAAGAGAUGUUAGUGAAGAUAAAUCCGAGAUAGAUAAACAAAAGAAAUUGUCAACAAAACUUUGUGAAGAUGCAGAGAAAGAAAAGGAAAUGUUGCAAUUAACUGAUAUGUUGCGUGAGGAGAGAGCUCAGAAGAAACUCUCUGAGGCAAAAUAUCAGCUUGAGGAUAAGAAUGCAGCUGUUCAUAAGCUCAGGAGUCAACUUGAAGCUUUUUUGGGAAACAAACAAGUUAGAGAAAAAGGACGCAGUUCCAGUCACUUGAUUGAUGACGAAAUUGCUGCAUAUCUGGGCAAAAGCCGAUUCAGUUCCCAUCAUACCGAAGAUAUAGAAGAUGAUGGUGGAGAGGUUGACGAUGGAGUAGAAUGUGAGGAAGAAUCUGCCGAAAGUGAUCUACAUUCUAUAGAGCUAAACAUGGACAACAACAAGAGCUUUAAGUGGAACUACCCUUCUGAUGGCAGAUUUGAUCCAAGAAGAUAUCCAAUUGAGGAAGAAGUUAAAGGGAGGUCUACUACUGUGAGAGCUUCAAGAAGAAGCACAUCUCUGCAAAGGAGUAUAUCAGAUGGAGUAGAACGGGUAGUCCAACCUGAGAAGCUUCAAAAUUCAGGAGAUGGAGUAGACUGGGACAGGUUUUAUGAACUAGAGAAGCAAGCUCAAGGAAAAGGUUAUGCUGAUGAAAUGCAAGGCUAUAAAUCAGUAAAAGGCCUAAGGGAUCAAAUCUUGGCUGGUUCCCGGCCCGGAUCUUCCAGAGGUUAUGCCAGUCCAACUCGACAAUUUUCACAGCCCUGGCCAUCACGAGACCUCACAAACAGCUUCCAUGAGAGACCUCCUCUAGUUCAGGGCAAUGGUCUAAAAUCAAGGUUAGGGGAAGCCAGGGUUGAGGGCCAGAAUGUAAGGAAGUCCAAAAGAUGAGAAAAUGCAUGUAUACUCGUCUUUACACAAUGCCUGGCUUUCAAAGCUGAAAAGCGAUGCUGUUAUGACUGAUGCUUCUUAAAAAUGAACCAUAGGCCCUAGUACCUGCUACGUAGAGGCCAAAAGAAGCUCUUCUCCUUUGGGAAUUUUACUUUUUGUUGAUAGCCGAUGGCUUGCUAAUAUUGCAGCACUCGCUGCUAGGAUUUUCAUUUGACCAUAUACUACUCUGAUAUGGUGUGGUGUUUGACUGUGUGUAGAGUUUAGAUCAUGUGUCAUCAAUAUAACUGUCAAGUCCUUUGUCAUGUAAUAUAUCAUGAAUGUAAUUGAGAAUGUUUUGUUUUGUUUUCUUCUA